AUGCCCUAUCUUGGCUGGAGCGAGGCGGUUAGGGGUGGACCAGUUGAAGAUGACAAAUUCAUUGCUGAAUUUUUCCGUGGCCAAGUGAAAAGCAAGACGAAGAACGUUAUCUGUGAUAAGAGAGAUAGCAUGGCUUCGGGUUACGAGGCGAAGGCAACAAGCCUAAGUUGGCCACCUGGUCAGGGCACUCCCAAAGACAAACGCAACAAUCUCAAGCUGCGCCCGGACGUGACGAUAAGCCACCGAGUCAGGAUAUCUAUAAACCUCCCCUGA